AAUCAUACUCACUCUACAUCAUAAAUCCCUGAUCUUACCCACAAAUAUCCUCUUUCCAAGCCCUCCGCACUUCACGCAAUUCAAGCCUCAUACUCCAAGUCUACUUUUCCAGAUCUUGCAGUAUUUACAUUAAUUAAUUCCCAUUUCUGGAUGUGAAUUUGGAUUCGAUUUCGACUUCUCAAGCUUCAAAUCUGACUCGUCCUAAAAAGGGACUCUUCAAUGACAAACGAAUAUUACGAUACAAGCUCAGAAUCAGAUUUACUUUUAAAAAUGAAAGCCACAAUAUGGCGAGGUCUGAUGGCCAUUGGGAUGAAAUUCCAUCAUUUUGCAGAUCCGAAACCACCAGCACCUAAUUUCAAAAUUCGAAUACCCUCUCGAUUAUGUCCCCGCGGGGGAUACUUUAAUCUUAUCUUUUAUGUCCCGCAAUCAUAUGUGGAAGGGUCAGAUGAAGAUCGAUAUCGAUUUCCCGUCGUAGUAAAUUAUCAUGGAGGAGGUUUUACAUUGGGAACCGGAACUGAUGAUGCGAGAUGGGCUUCUGCCGUCAUCCAUACGGUGGAUGCUGUAUUUGUCAGUGUGGAAUAUCGUCUUGCGCCUGAAUAUCCUUUUAGUGUAGGAGUUGAAGAUGGCACCGAUGCUGUGAUGUAUUUGGCCGCGCAUGCAGAAGAAUUACGAUUAGAUCCUCAUCGAAUGGCAUUAUCAGGAUUCAGUGCAGGAGGAAAUUUCGCAUUUACAGUUCCUCUCAUGCUUCACGAUCUACAAAACGAUGCCGGAAAACGCACACUGGCAGAUCUCACAAGUGCAACUACAAAUGCAGAUGGAAGUCCUUCUAAAAAUGCUAGUCGACAGGACCUCGACAAAACGAAAUACGAAUCAUCUACCUCGGCCGCGUCAUCUAGCACACUUACUUCACAUCUCCGACCCAAUCCCUAUCAAGGAGAAACUCAAAGUAGAAACCAAUCCACAACAUCAAUAGCCAAAAUCCCCUCUCUCGAACCCACGGCUCUAGAAAUUGCCCAAGAAAUUCCAGACCUCACCAUCCGCGCCAUAGUAUCCUUCUACCCACCCACCGAUUUCCGACAAACCCGCGAUGAGAAACGCGCCACGAAUCCCGCUCCCGAGAAAAAUCUUCCUCCAAUGCUCACCCGCCUCUUCGACGAAUCCUACAUGCACCCCAUUGAUUCGAUCGAUCUUCGCGAUCCUUACCUCUCCCCCGCAGCCGCCACUGACAAAUUCCUCCGAGAAGCCUACCCACAAGACAUCGUGCUAUACACCUGUGAAUACGACAUGUUAAACGUAGAGGGUAUCGCCUUUGGCGAACGACUCUCCUCGCCCGCGAUCGGCAAAUCCGUCAAAGGCGGCCUCAUCAACUGCGUCCCGCACGCCUUUGAUAAAAAACCCAACCCAAUCUCCUUCCCCGAAGCCGCGGACCGCUGCUACGAAGAAGCCUGCGCGGAACUAGCCCGCGUCUUCGGAAGCGGCAAAACAAGCGAGGAAGAUCGAAGACAACUAGGUAAAAGUAAAGUCGUAGAUCGCUUCGAGGAACAGGAUAAAAUUGUAGGCGUCUCGGAUCGCGCGAGAGAUCUAAUCGAUAAUACGAGUUUAGCGGAAGGAAGGAGAGAGAGUGGAAUGGCGGAUAAUCAUGGUGGGGUGGAGGGGACGGGGAGUAUGAAUAUGAAUGGAGAGGGGCAGAAAGAAAGAGAGAUACUGAGAAAUUUUGAAAAGGAAGCUGAUAGGGUUAUUAAGAUGAAUGGGGGAAUUGAGGAGGAAGCUGUUGUUUAGUUUGGGUUUUUUCUUUUUUUCGGCGGAGGGUGGAGGGGUUGCUUUUUUAAGGCGGAACUUUAACAGGACUUUUACACUACCUUAUCAUCUUUGACAUUUUUACAUUUGCGGAGUAACGUA